AUGGAGCGCCCGCUCAACAUCAGCUGCCUCGCCGAUACGACGCCGGACCGCGGCAACAGGAGCGGGUCCUCCGCCGGCCCCGAGGGCGGCCAGGCCCAUCUCUCCGUCUUCAGCGUGUUGGUUCUCACCCUGUUGGCCAUGCUGGUGGUGGCCACGUUCCUCUGGAACGGGCUGGUCCUGGCCACCAUCCUCCGCGUGCGCAGUUUCCACCGGGUGCCCCACAACCUGGUGGCCUCCAUGGCCAUCUCCGACGUGAUGGUGGCAGCCCUCGUCAUGCCCCUCAGCUUGGUGCACGAGUUGUCCGGGCGGCGGUGGCGGCUGGGCCGGUCGCUCUGCCAGGUGUGGAUCUCCUUCGAUGUGCUGUGCUGCACUGCCAGCAUCUGGAAUGUCACGGCCAUUGCCCUCGACCGCUACUGGUCCAUCACUCGCCACCUGGAGUACACGCUGCGCACCCGGCGCCGCAUCUCCAACAUCAUGAUCGCUCUCACCUGGGCACUCUCCGCAUUCAUCUCUCUGGCCCCGCUGCUCUUUGGCUGGGGAGAGACUUACUCAGAGGACAGUGAAGAGUGCCAAGUCAGCCAGGAGCCUUCCUACACCAUCUUCUCCACCUUUGGGGCUUUCUACUUGCCCCUCUGCGUGGUGCUCUUUGUGUACUGGAAGAUCUACAGGGCUGCCAAGUUUCGAAUCGGAUCUCGCAAGAGCAACUCCAUCACCCCCAUUACACCAGAACCACUGGAGGUGAAAGAAGCUGCCCAGCAGCCACAGAUGGUCUUCACUGUCCGUCACGCCACUGUUACGUUCCAGACGGACGGAGACACGUGGAGAGAGCAGAAGGAAAAGAAAGCUGCCCUCAUGGUGGGCAUCCUUAUUGGGGUCUUCGUGCUCUGCUGGAUCCCCUUCUUCAUCACAGAGCUCAUCAACCCACUCUGCUCAUGUGACAUCCCACCCAUUUGGAAGAGCAUUUUUCUAUGGCUGGGCUAUUCAAAUUCCUUUUUUAAUCCACUCAUCUACACUGCUUUCAACAAAAACUACAACAAUGCCUUCAGGAACCUAUUCUUUAGGCAGCAGUGA